AUCAACAUACAAGCAUCUUGAACCACCACAAUUAAAUUAAUUAAUUAGCCAAUCUUGAUUAAUCAGCCCUAAAGCAUCUUAAUUAAAUAAACACCAGGUAGAAAACCAAACAAAGAACAAGGACAAACCAGGAUCAUGAGCAAUCCACUGAACCUAACUUCGAACCUCUUCUUCUUCAUCCUCACCUUGACCAUCCUCUAUGCAGCCUACACAUUCUCCACAUUCCAACCCAAGCAAACCAAUCUCAUAUUCUACGUCCAUGAUCACUUCACCGGCGACCACUCCACGGCGAUUACGGUGGCCGGAAAGACUGGACCCGUCUCCAACAUCCUAAACUUUGGCACUGUGGCCAUCGUCGAUGACCCAGUUACAGAAGGACCCAACAUCGAUUCAACACUCAUUGGUAGAGCUCAGGGUAUGUACAUAAAUUCGCAGCUUGAUGGGAAAGGCUUGUACAUGGUUUUCUCUGUGAUCUUCACCGGUGGGGAAUUCAAAGGUAGCAGCUUGGAGAUUCAGGGAUCUGAUAUCUUCACAAUGAAGGAAAGAGAGUUCGGAGUUGUGUCUGGCACUGGUUAUUUCAGGUUUGUGAAAGGAUAUGGGAUUAUGGAAACUGAAUUCAUGGAUAUAGCUACACUUAGGGCCACUCUUAAACUCACUGUAACACUCAAACAUUACUGACAAAACUCACUGUUAUGUUUUUUCUUAUGAUAUGAUGGUACAAACAUUUGUUACUGAGUCAUAUUUACACCCAGUAAAAA